CGUAAACUGGAUAUGGAGACUACAAAGAAGUGCAAACUGUCAGACUGGAUGAAAACCCAAAUGAAUAACUCAUUUUCAGAUGCAUUAGGCUGUAGCACAGAUGUGACUGAAGAGGAAAAAGAUUACUUAAUUUAUGAUGGAGAUGUAGGAAUAAGCUGUAAAUACAACAAUAACUCAGAAAAUUUGAAUGCCUGUAGCUGUACAAAAGAUACUUCUGGUAUUUUAAACUUGGCCUGUUCUAAAACUAACAAAAACAUAAAAGCAGCAGCCAAUUAUGAAACUCCUCUACAGCCUGAAGAAUUCUCCAGUUAUCAAAGAGGCACCAGAGGAACAACUGGAGUUCCAACUGAAAUGCCUGGAAGUGAAGCUUCCUUUCAGAAGGAAUUACCUGUUGGUAGCUCCAGUACCCCAGACAGCAAAGAACAGGUAACUACCUCCAAAAUGUCCAAGGUCCUCCUGCGUCAUCUUCCUAGGGGAGAACUACUAAGCACAUGCCACUUAAUUGAAUGUGAGACAAUACCAGAGGUGUCCUUUACUGAAAGUAUCGAUGACACUGGGAGCAAACCUGAGCCUUCAGAACGCAGCAAAGGCUCUUUAGUGUUUGAACAAUGGGCAACGGGCUCUGAGGAGUAUCCCUUAGAACAGCACGAAAAACUAAAGGCUCAUGACAAACAUGGAAACUCAUUAAAUGGAAAUAGAUCUGUUUCAAAGAAAGCUAUUUUUUCUUCUGGUCAGUGUAGGUGCAGACAAGAAUAUUCACAAUUGAUUAAUGAGACUGGAGAUGCACACACCUUUCAAAACAUCACAGACAUGAGAGGCCUGUUUAAGAGAACAGUUUCACCUUGUGAGCUCAAAUAUGGCCAAGGACAAGCUCACUACUGCCUUCCUGACUUCUCUGAAGUUGCUUCAGAAGUUCAAGUACCAAAAAAACCUGACAACAUUACCUCAGUUCCUUCAACUGAAAGAGAAAAACCCUUUCCUAUUUUGCAAAGUAAAUCAGUAACUGUGAACAACGUUUUGGAAAAUAAGAAUUACUUCAAUUCUGCUGAAGUAGAGAAUCAAGAAGAAAGGAGUAUUUCAGAACUGCUGCGACAGCUACAGAUACUUCCUCAGUCAGACUUUGCAAAUGCCAACAUUGCCAUUUCCUCAGGACACACUGGGACACCACCUGAUGUCAUCACAUUACGUGCUCCUGUCCCUGUACAACCUACACAUGGUUUGCUUAAAGCAAGACUGCAGCCUGGAAUAGCAGCAUCAGCACUACCAGCAGCUGGGACAGUAAAAGCACAAUGUCUAAAUCCUUCUGAUUCACUGCCAGAACUAACACUAGGAGAAAAGAUGUCUCAAAUACUAAAGGAUCAGACAGAGCAACUGACUAAGAAAGUGGAAGACUUCUCUGAGCAAAUGAUCCAGGAAACAGUCUUCUUACAAGACAAACAUCUGGCAUUAAAUCAACUGAAAAGAUACCUUGAUGCCUUGGAAAGAAAUUAUUUAAAAGCUAGAGAAGAGCACCACAACUUACAGCUGCAGAACUACAAGGACAAGCCUAUCAACCUUGGAGAGUUUGAUCCUGAGAGAAGGGUGGAAGGAGGAAUAUUCAGACUUGGCAUGCUGCUUGAAGACAUUCAAGAACAAAUGGAAGGCAGCAAAGGCAGCCUGUCAUCGUUACCGACUUCCUAUGAAUCUGCCCAGUCUUUCUGUGAGAGCUUGGCAGUUUCAAGCACUGCUGAUCUUCCACAAACAACAGGUACUGAAACUCCAUCUUUUCACAAGAAGCAUGAGGGAGAAAGAAGUCAGACAACUGAUAUAAUCCCUCCAGCAAAUCAACUUUCUUUAGAAGGCAAGAAGUGCAAUCUUUGUCUGCACAUAAAUGCAAACAUCCAGGAAGGAAAAACUGGAACAUCUCCACUCUUCAUGCAGAGAAAACCAACUGAUUUAUCAGAUACCAACCUGAGCAGCGAUUCAGAAGAUUUCUCAGUUUGUGAUUCUUGUGAUUCACAAAGCAAGGACCAUGUCAACUGUGACACUCUAAAUUACAAAUCAUUAAAUACAAGAUUAUGUGGAGAGAGACAAGGAUUUAGAUGCAGAUGCCCCAGGGGAAGCAAAGAUCAAGUAAAACUCAGGAAUUACAAAGAGUCUGUUCAGUCUUGUACCCUGUGUAGAAAAAGAAGCUCUGGUUCAUCCUCUUAUUCACAGAAGAGAAUCUCCACUCAAAAGGCUCAAAAACCCAAUCAGCCAGGUGAAGUUGUAACCAGACUUCAUGAAAGGAAAUCCUUCGCAGCUGCCAAAACCUGCUGUUCAAGCACAUAUGAUAAAAUUAUCCUUUCACAUCAAGACAUACCCAGUAAGAAAUCUACCCAAAGAAAAUCUGCAAUCAACAUCAGAGACAGAAAUGCCAAUGAUUCCUAUGCAAAUGUUUUAAGUUCUACUCUGGAUCAUGCCAUAGAGACAGCAAACAGUUUGAAGAAAGCUACAGAGCGAAUGGUACAAGCAGUUUCAGAAGAUCUAGCUAAAGUUAAAAGAAAGCAGUUUUAA